UAAUUUGCUGAAGGAAAGUUGACAGCAGAAAUGAAAACAAAAAAAGUUCAAGUAAAACAAAGAUAUUCCUUCCAUACUGAACCAAAAAAUAAAGCAGUUUGAAAAACAGCACUGUAGAUAAAAGCAUCCCCAAGUCAAGUAAAGUACUGUGCAGUGGCAAUAGAUACAAUUAUCAGUAAUAAAUAACCAAGGUAUACAAUUCAAAGAACUGUCCAUAAAAGACAGAAGUGAGGCUAGUAGAUUAAGCUUGUCCUCGAAAUGAUGUGCCCCACUUUAAGGACUUUUUUCAAGCUAUUUCAAAUAAAUACAACCACCUGCGAGAGGUAACUAAUUGAUUGACAAUCCCCUGUAGGCAUCCCAGCCCUAAUUUCCUCAUUCUUUCCAACCCUUCCACAAGGUGAUAUCAACCAAUCAGAGCGGACCUGCUCUUUACACUGACCAAUCAGAGCGCGGUGCGAAAAAGUGGGCGUUAUCAGGCGCGCAGUGUAUAAAGACCUAACUGUACGCCGCUGUCACAUCACUGUAGCCUCUCAGGACCGCGAUACAGGAAGACCAAAAGAGCUCCAACUUAACUCGGAAAUCUAGUCGAGUCGUCAUUGUUGUUGUUUUCAUCAUGAAAGCCAUCAGUCCCGUCCGCUCGGUGAGGAGCUGCUACAAGGCCGUGUGCUGUAUCUCGGAGCAGAGUCUCGCCAUCAGCCGGAAUAAACACUCGUGUCUGGAGGAGCCGGUGGGCGCCCUGUGCGACAUGAACGACUGCUACUCCAAGCUGAAGGAGCUGGUGCCGAGCAUCCCGCAGAACAAGACGGUGAGCCAGGUGGAGAUCCUGCAACACGUCAUCGACUACAUCUUCGACCUGCAGAUCGCGCUGGAGGCGGAGGACACGGCCGCGCCGGAGAUGGUUUUGUCAAUAAAGACUGCGGAUCUUGCUCGCAAUUUCUCCAAAGAAGAAGGUCGAUUGUGCCAUUAGGACGAUGCCAGAUGACGGUGCAGGGAAACACAUGUCUCCACUUCACUCCGGGCAAGAGGACAAGAGGGGCAGAAAGGGUGGGAUAGGUAUUUGGGAGAGAAGGAGAAGAAGAAGGAGGAGGAGGGAGGUGGAUGGGGUUUUAAAAGAAGAAACGACAGGAAAAAAGUGGACUGUUUCUAGAUGAGUGGGGAUCAACAGUGGUGCAUGAGCAAGAAAACAGAGACUCAUUCUUUGGCCCCUGGACAGACAAAUCAACACACCAAAGCAGAAGCCAGGAAUGGAAAGCAACCGGCUUUGUAUGCCCUCCUCCUAAAAAACAAAACAAAAAGGAAAAAAACUGAGAUCCCCUGUCAGUAGAAGUAGAAACAUUGGUACAUUGUUGUUUCUUUUUUUUGUGUUGCAUUCCAGACCAAUUUUAUGUGGGUUAACCCCUUGAAACCCGAGCAAAUUGGUUUAAUUUUUUUUUUUUUUUUUUUUUU